AUGCACGUGCGAAUGCAUCAUGAAAUGAAAUCCGAUCUUGGGGGCUUGUCAUCGCCCCCAGCCCUUAGCGCGAUUGAAGUCCCAAAGCGCAGGCGGUUCACACGAAAUCAAGUUGCUUGUGACCCGUGUCAUAUGCGACGCGUUCGGUGCGAUCUCGUUUCACCAUCACCGUGCUCACGCUGUUUUCACGCAGGCAUCGAGUGUGAGUUUACUCGCACUUUGCGCAAACGAGGCCGCACGGCACGAUCGAAGCUAGGUAACACGACAACAAAACAAGUCCAACGGGAAUCAACACUUUGGAUGCAGUCCCAGCAAGCUCAAAGUGACACAUUUGCUCACUCUGAGUCUUCUCCGUCUUCGAUGAGUCCCACAACCCCGGAUUCAGCGGGUGGGCGGUGGCCACCGGUGACAAACGAGAUUGAUAGUCUCCUGGCUUUUUAUGAGGAUGAACAGCACACUGUAUCCGGUACCUCACGUGGAUGGGACUUGCAAGAGGUCGAUGAAUCACAACAUCCAUGGGCCGGCGACCAGUCAUCCAAGAAUUUACCCAUUCCAAGCUUGCAAGCCGAUUUCCCUGCGCUACCACUGCCGGGCGCGUGGGAUCCGAUUUUCACCAACUCGGACAGCAAAUCCGACAUUUUUACCGAGUUUCCAUCUACAUUGGAAAGCUCUCUGAAUAAUGUGGCUCAACAGGUACAGCAAUCCCCUUUGCGGUAUCCCGUGUUAGGUGAGGUGAUGGGCUUUCUGGACCCUCAUGUGUCUCCUCAGCUGGCAUGUCAUUUGAUAGAGCGAUAUUUCUCUGCAGAUUUCUUGGCCAGCCCGCAUACGCUUUACGGUCAUUGGAGUUGCUCUGUCUUACGCAAGACCUCAUUCCUGGCCAAGAGUUAUAGACCUACCAAGCCUGCGCUCUUGAUGAGUAUGCUUUGGAUUGCUGCUGCAAAUGAUCGGCACUUCUCUUUUUCUGCAUCAUCAACACAACAAAAGAAGCUCUGCCAGUUACUCGGUAGUUGGACAAUGUCCCUUUUGCCGCAAUCAUCUGAGCAAGCCUCAUCUGAGCAUCAGAACCUGUCACCGGCGGGUCUGGGUUCUCUGCCUACAGUUUCUCACGACAUGGCGAAAGAUAUCGGUGACCUUGAUGAUGUGAUUACGUACAUUCACAUUGCCUCAAUUUACUCUUCCGAGGAAAUCCCUUCAGACGCGGAGUGGUGGAAGGCAGCCACUAAGUUGGCGAUAAAACUUCAACUCAAUCAAGAAAAUGAUUUACCAAUAGCACAAGACAACUCGGAUCCAAACUACGACAAUUACUGUUCUCACGAGUCAUCAGAGUUCACAGAAACGCUGGCGUCCAUCCAUCAUGAAGUGGUGGAAUCCAGUUGCCAUUGCAACUACAAGUUAAUGGGUGAUGCAAGAUCUGCUAUCUGCGCCAAUGAGCGCUUUGAAGAGCGAAGACGAACAUGGUGGAUAUUAUAUAUCAUGGACCGCCAUUUAACACUGCGCCACAAUUUUCCGUCGGAAACCCUGGACAUCGAAUGUGCUGGCCUACUGCUCCCGAUAGACGAAACGUCCUGGCAGAACGGCGAUUUCUCCUGUGAUAACUCCGAUCCGCAGAGGAAUUCUGAUUCUUGCCCAGAGCAACGGCCAAAACGUCGGGCAUUUCCCGAUUUCCGAUUCCACGACUGCUCGCUCUUCGGAUCUUUCCUUCCACUCAUGGCCAUCACCGGGGAAAUACUCAGGCUAAAUGAUCCAAGAUCGCAAGAAACGUACGAUCAAAAAAAGCCUGAGGCUCAAAUACUACAAGAAUUAGGAGUCUAUCAAAGCAGUCUGACCGCGUCGAUGGCAUCGUUAAACGAUUCAGCUUCUGGCUUGGAAGAAAUUAAAACACCCGACGAUUUACAACAGCAAACUGCAAUGGCAUACGUAUCAUACUUCGUUCAAGUUUUACGGAUGAUGAUAGUGGGAAAGCGCAAUUGGCUAUUUUUGGUGGAAGACAAGGAAUGCUGGACCACUCCAGCCUUCUCUUCUACGAUCUCACACGCCUUAAAUGCGGCCUCCUGGCUUCGAAGAAUUUUGCAUUUUGACCCGGAUGUCAGCUUUUCUCCCUAUUUCUUCGGCAUUCAAUUGUUCCAAGGGAGCUUGCCUAUGUUGUUGAUUGUAGAACGUCUUCAAAAGAACUGCGGCAAAGAUAUUCUCAAUGCCUGCGAGAUCAUGAUUCGCGCAAAUGAGGCCGCCCUCGUUACGCGCAACACGGACUAUCAAAGAAGAUUGCGGCAGCUGAUGCGAAGCGCAGUUUCGCAAUCUUGGGGCCGUCCCGUGAGUCCACACGAUAUCCGAAGUCGCCGCAAAGCAGUCUUCGCCCUUUAUUUGUGGACUCAAAGGGGCACACAUUGGCCAAUUGAACUUGAAAUUUCCUCUCAGUCCUAA